AAACAUCUAGUUCUUCUCUCCUUCUCCUAAAACCUCAGUCGCCGAUCGGCCAGAAAUUCAACAGUGACGGAACAAAGAGAGAGAGAAAAUGGCGGCGAGCCUUGUGAAGAGAGCAGUCUCUAGAACCGAAACCCUCGGUGGUUUAAGACUCUCGUUCAAUCUCCUGAGAAAUUUCUCUGCGCCGGCGGCGUCUCCGUCGAGCGAAAAACCUAGCUCCGAAUCGAUUAAGCCUAAACGAAAGAAGAAGAAGAACCUAAUCGAGGUAGCUCAGUUCUUACCCAACUGGGGAAUCGGAUACCAUAUGGCUAAAGCUCACUGGAACGGAAUCUCUUAUGAAAUCACAAAGAUCAAUCUCUAUAAGGAUGGUAAGCAUGGGAAAGCUUGGGGGAUUGUUCACAAAGAUGGCUUGCGAGCUGCGGAAGCUCCAAAGAAGAUUAGUGGAGUUCACAAACGCUGCUGGAAGUAUAUUCCAAACCUAUCAAAGACCGCACCUGCAACAAACUCUGCAACCCCUGAAGUCCAAGCUUCCUGAUCGGUUACUUCUAUUGUUGUGGCUACCUCUCAUAAUCUUCAGGGACGAUCAUGUUCGGGUUCUGUGUUGACUUUACGCUUCUUGAGUUAAGAUUUUUUAAUGUGCCUGCAUCACUGAGCCUAGGAUUUUGCUAGUAUUAAGUAUGAACUUGUUCUGUAACGGAGGGAGUAUCGUAUUAUCUUGAUCUUGUUGUUUUGUCUAUGAGAUGUCCUGUGGUUCACAUAUCA